AUGCCUAUCAAUUUUUUUUCCAGGCGUAACAAAGAAGGCGAUCGUGAACGUUCUUUGGCUACCGUCCUGAAUAUCAUCGAAUCGACGGCCGACAAAGAGGCACUGAGUCCGGAUGUGAUUUGCUUAGCAGGUCGCAUCUACAAGGACAAGUUCAUCGCCAGCAACUAUGAAGAUCGUGAAUCGCUGAAUAAUGCUGUGUCGUGGUACCGUAAGGCGUUCGAGAUGUCACCGUUGGAACACAGUGGCAUCAACCUCACCACCUUGUUGCGAGCCAGUGGCGAACACUUCGAAAGCAAUGCCGAAAUGCAGCAAAUCGCUGUCGUGCUGAAUUCGCUACUUGGACGGAAAGGCGCUUUACACCAGCUCACCGAUUACUGGGAUGUGGCCACGUAUUUCGAGGUAUCAGUCCUGGCUGAGAACUACCAGAAAGCCUGCGAAGCAGCGCUUAAAAUGGCGAUGUUGAAGCCGCCUGUGUGGUUUCUUAAAUCAACCAUGGAGAACAUCAAAUUGAUCAAUCGAUGUGCGGCUACAAUCAGUCCGAUUGAGAAGGAGAAACAGCAGUUUCUGUUCUGGUCCGAAUUCUUCAUGGAAGCGAUCGAUUCAGAAACCGAUGUGACUUGUGCUCGUUUUCCAGUGCUAAUUCAGGAACUCACUAAG